AUGGGAUCCCCUCUCUUCUCCGAAGUGAUAACGGAGAUAUUAAUCCGGCGGCCGCCCGUGCAAUUUCGGGAGCAUUUUUCGCCGGGCUUCCUUCUCCCCCCCCCUUCGUUUUCCCCCCAGUGGGUCAUGCUCGUGGCCAGGGUCAGGCUCUCGCCGCGACCCCACCCCGCCGGCCGCCAAGAAGAACGCAGGCUCGGCGACUACCUCCUCGAAGAGGAGGAGGGCGUCGGCGAUCACGCCGUCGUCGCCAAGUGCGCCGAGAUACAGAACGCCAUCUCUGAAGGAGCAACAUCCUUCCUCUUCACUGAAUACCAAUACGUCGGCGUCUUCAUGGUAGCCUUCGCCGUCCUCAUCUUCCUCUUCCUCGGCUCCGUCGAGGGGUUCAGCACAAAAGGCCAGCCCUGCACCUACACCAAGGACAAAACCUGCAAGCCUGCCCUCUUCAACGCCAUCUUCAGCACCGUCGCCUUCCUGCUCGGCGCAGUCACCUCCCUCUUCUCCGGCUUCCUCGGUAUGAAGAUCGCUACCUAUGCGAACGCGAGAACCACUCUCGAAGCCAGAAAAGGAGUCGGCAAAGCUUUCAUCACUGCGUUCAGGUCGGGAGCCGUGAUGGGCUUUCUGCUGGCUGCAAACGGGCUUUUGGUUCUCUACAUUUCGAUUAAUUUGUUCAAAUUGUACUAUGGUGAUGACUGGGAGGGUCUCUUCGAGGCUAUCACUGGUUAUGGGCUUGGCGGGUCUUCGAUGGCCCUGUUCGGGAGAGUCGGAGGUGGUAUUUAUACCAAGGCUGCCGACGUCGGUGCUGAUCUUGUUGGUAAAGUCGAGAGGAACAUACCUGAAGAUGACCCAAGAAACCCUGCUGUGAUUGCUGAUAAUGUUGGUGACAAUGUUGGAGACAUAGCUGGAAUGGGUUCAGACCUGUUCGGUUCGUACGCGGAGUCAUCGUGUGCUGCUCUUGUUGUUGCUUCGAUCUCUUCGUUUGGGAUCAACCACGAUUUCACUGGGAUGUGUUAUCCGCUUCUUAUUAGCUCCAUGGGGAUCGUUGUUUGUUUGGUGACAACUCUGUUUGCUACCGAUUUCUUCGAGAUCAAGGCAGUGAAGGAGAUUGAGCCUGCACUGAAGAAGCAGCUUAUUAUCUCCACCGCGCUGAUGACCCUCGGUAUUGCGCUCGUCAGUUGGUUGGCCCUCCCCUCUUCCUUCACUAUCUUCAAUUUUGGCGCGCAGAAGCAAGUAAAGAACUGGGAGCUAUUCUUCUGUGUUGCGAUCGGGUUAUGGGCUGGACUGGUUAUUGGAUUUGUCACCGAGUACUAUACCAGCAACGCAUACAGUCCCGUGCAGGAUGUCGCGGAUUCAUGCAGAACUGGAGCUGCCACCAAUGUUAUCUUCGGUCUUGCUUUAGGAUACAAAUCUGUUAUAAUUCCAAUUUUCGCUAUCGCUCUCAGUAUAUUUGUUAGUUUUAGCCUUGCUGCUAUGUAUGGUAUCGCCGUUGCUGCUCUUGGUAUGCUGAGCACCAUUGCCACUGGGUUGGCUAUCGAUGCUUAUGGACCGAUCAGUGACAAUGCUGGAGGGAUUGCUGAAAUGGCUGGAAUGAGCCAUAGAAUUCGCGAGAGGACUGAUGCCUUGGACGCUGCAGGAAACACAACUGCUGCCAUUGGAAAGGGUUUCGCCAUCGGUUCAGCUGCCCUGGUGUCCCUUGCCCUUUUCGGUGCAUUCGUAAGUCGUGCAGGCAUUAAAAUGGUCGACGUCCUGACCCCCAAAGUCUUCAUCGGGCUGAUUGUUGGUGCUAUGCUUCCUUACUGGUUCUCGGCCAUGACCAUGAAGAGUGUGGGCAGUGCAGCUCUUAAGAUGGUUGAGGAAGUUCGUCGUCAGUUCAACACCAUCCCCGGUCUCAUGGAGGGUACGGCUAAACCUGAUUAUGCGACCUGUGUCAAGAUCUCGACUGAUGCCUCCAUCAAGGAGAUGAUCCCUCCUGGUGCUCUUGUUAUGCUUACUCCCCUCAUUGUCGGAACUCUGUUUGGUGUCGAGACUCUCUCUGGAGUUCUUGCCGGCUCUCUGGUAUCCGGUGUUCAGAUUGCAAUCUCCGCAUCCAACACCGGUGGAGCGUGGGACAACGCAAAGAAAUAUAUCGAGGCGGGAGCUUCUGAGCACGCUAGGACCCUCGGCCCUAAGGGAUCCGAACCCCACAAGGCUGCGGUCAUCGGCGACACCAUCGGAGACCCCCUCAAGGACACGUCCGGCCCGUCGCUCAACAUCCUUAUCAAGCUCAUGGCCGUUGAAUCUCUCGUGUUCGCUCCGUUCUUUGCGACCCACGGGGGCCUCCUCUUCAGGAUCUUCUAAGGACUGAAGAAGCAAACCAUCGUCAGGACUCGAUCGGUGGUUGCUUCUUCUUCAGCAUCCUCUUCUCGUUUGCAAAACAAUAUUGCCAGCAUCCCCCUCGCCUGUUUUCGUUCGUUGUCCAUAAAACAUCACCUCGUUUUUUUGUUUGGCUGUAAGCAGCUCGAUCGAGGGAUGAAUGUCAGUUGAGUUCCCGGAUUGUUUCGGGCUAAAAGCAAAUUUUCCAAACUUAUAUUAGUAGGUAGUAGAUGAUGAUAUAAAAUGUUUGGGGAUCGAUGCUGGUUGUGAGAUUAAUGGUUAAUUACCAUCGCAAGGUUUUUCCA